GCAGUACCAUAUCUCAUUAAACUCAGAAGUUACUUCCGGAUUCUUAAACUAAGCAUAGAGCUUACUAGCUCUCAAGUUUCACGAAGAGUGCGAAAUUAGUCGAUUUCAGAGUUGUGUGCAUGGAAAUUAUUAUUGAAUAAGAACGGAAUGCUGAGAGCUAUCACAUGGCUGCACUAGGCAAAAAGCAGCUCGCGACCUAACAAAUUACGUUAACCGUGCAACUGUAAACUAGCUAACGUUAGCAUAACAAUAGUAGUGUCAACCUUUUGCUAGCUAGCUAGUCAUUUUUUGACAUCAACAAUAUGCAUAGGAGAGGAGUAGGUGCGGGAGCUAUCGCCAAAAAGAAGCUUGCAGAGGCCAAGUAUAAAGAGAGGGGGACAGUGUUAGCUGAGGAUCAAAUUGUUCAGAUGUCAAAACAGCUGGAGACCUUCAAAUCUAACCUUGAGGAAUUUGCCAGCAAGCACAAACAAGAGAUUCGUAAGAGUUCCCAGUUCCGGGUCCAGUUUCAGGACAUGUGUGCCACCAUUGGAGUUGACCCACUUGCCUCUGGCAAAGGCUUUUGGUCAGAGAUGCUUGGUGUGGGUGACUUCUAUUACGAGCUAGGUGUGCAGAUCAUUGAAGUAUGCCUGGCCCUGAAACACAGAAAUGGAGGACUUAUUACCCUGGACGAACUCCAUCACAGAGUGUUGAAGGGAAGGGGAAAAUUUGCUCAGGAUGUGAGCCAAGAUGACUUGGUGCGGGCCAUAAAGAAGCUGAAAGUCAUGGGGAACGGCUUUGGGAUGAUUCCUGUUGGAGGCUCUUACCUCGUGCAGUCAGUGCCAGCAGAGCUCAACAUGGACCACACUGUGGUACUUCAGCUGGCUGAGAAGAAGGGCUACGUUUCAGUAAGUGAGAUCAGAGAGAGUCUCAAGUGGGAGCGAGAGCGGGCCUGUCAUGUGCUGGAUCACCUGUUGAAAGAGGGCUUGGCGUGGUUGGAUUCCCAAGCUUCUGGAGAGCCACAGUAUUGGCUGCCAGCCCUCUUUUCUGAGCUGACUUCCCGUGAUGUCACACCUGAGGAGGCCAAUCAGAUAACGCCUUAAGAUAGGAUUUUUGGGACGUGGGAAGUUAGGGUAACUUGUUGAUGAACAAUGUGUGCCUGUUGGAAAUAUCCUGAAUUGAAAUGGGGUGUAUUUAACUUAAAGGGUAGGUACCAAUUAUGUAUAUAAAUCAUUGGUAGGUACACAUGAUAUUGCUUCCCUUCAGCGAUUGUGGAGAUGAAAACUAGGUUACAAAUGAUGUUUUCUGUGACAGUUGUCAAUCAUGGAUUUAUUUUUUAUUUAAUUUGUCAUUAUAUUCAAUUACCUUCUAUUAAAACAUCUGAGGAUUUCUUUGCA